CGGUGUCUGCUCGCUAUCUUCAAUUUCCUUUCUCGCUUUUCACCGCAACCGCGCAGUUUCGCACGACCGACCGGCUCUGAGCCCUUCAUACGCGCCACAGCGCGGUCCAUCGAGUGUCCAGUAGAACUCGUUUUGAAUUUACAAUUCAGUGCGUCGACCUGACUCGAUCCGCAGCGAGUUCACGAUGCUCCGGUGGCUCACGCAUUUGACGAUCACCUACUGCAUCCUCGGAUGGAACAGUGUUGGAGCUGCCAAGAAACCAGCAUUUCUUCUCACAACACCUUCAUCUUUCAUGCCUGGAGAGAAUCAAACACUGGCAUUCAAUGUCUUCAAUGCACCGAGAAGUGGUCAUGUCACACUCAGCCUUGUGGCAACACCUGGUGGUGUUUUGUCCAACGUUUCCAUACGAACCAAUGGAGAGUCACCUGAAGUAAUCACAUUACCAGUUCCCAAGGAUCUGCCUUUCAACACAGUGCUCCAAGUGUCAGGGAAAUUCGGCAGCUAUUCUUUUGAGAAAACACUUGUCACCAUUAUCCAGACUGAUAAGCCCAUCUACAAGGCCGGGGAAAUGGUUCGAUUUCGUGUCCUUGGAAUUGACUUCAGGAAGCUUCCACUCGCAGAGCAUGUUGGUCGAAUCUGGAUCGAGAACCCAAUGCACUUCAAAAUUUCCCAGUGGCACAAUGUGUCAUUGUCAGCAGGUAUCGUACAGCUGGAAAAACAACUCUCCCAUGAGCCUCAGCUGGGGGAGUGGUCCGUCUGCUGCCAAAUCUUUGACCAUACGACUUGCCAGACAUUCCAAGUGGGCAGUUAUGCAUUGCCCAAGUUUUCUGUUGAUAUCAGUGCACCACCAUACAUUUUCCCUGAGGAGUCCAAUAGCACAUGGAAAAUAUGUGCGAGGUAUCUUUAUGGCAAGCCCGUGCACGGUCAUCUCAGAGCUCAGCUGACAUACAAACGCUUUCCGUGGACUUCCGAGUUAAAAAAGGUGUUGCCCAGUGUUGACAUAGAUGUACCGAUUAGAGGUUGCCAUGAGUUUGAGGUCAAUGGCAACCAUCUCCUCUUUGCCAAUAGGGACAUCAAUCGUCGUCCUCUCAUUCUUACAGCGGAGGUUGCGGACAGCGCUACAGGAGAGGCAGUGUCUGCCAACAUCACAAAAGAGUUUGUCUGGUCACCAUUCACGUUGGGCUUUGUCACAAAGCGCUCCGUACCUAACUUCAAGCCUGGGCUAGUCUACAGGGGACUGGUUCAGGCGACGUAUCCCGAUGGCACACCUGCCUCCGAAAAGCGAGUCAGUGUCUGCUUCUCUGCGUCAUCACUGCCAACGGUUCGGUGCAGUGCACGCAGAAAACCACAAUGCCAGCGUGUGUCAUCCACAGAUGAUGUUGCGACAGGGUGCCGAGACUACGAAACAGAUGCCCAAGGGCAAGCUCACUUCUCUGUUCCUGGAAUGCGUGGUACCCUGAAUAGUCUUUCACUAACUGCUACAGCUGAUGGUGGAAAAUGGAACAAUCCUGUGUCACGAAUGCACCUUCGAGCCUGGACGUCCAUGUCGGGGCGCUAUUUACACAUAUCAGUUCCAUCAGAAAAGCUUGAGUGCAGCAGAAGUACUACCAUUUUAUUUUAUCAUACAAAGCUCAGAAACCAUCCUGAAGGAGUUACCUUAUAUUAUCAGGUUGUCUCUGGACACCAAGUUGUGGACAAGGGCAUACUGUCGCCAAGACGUUCAUGGGAUGACAUAGCCUCCCGAAUACCACUCGACUCUUCGUCUAGCAGCAUGAGAGUGUCUGGAUACUCUGUCUCCGAGUUUAAUUUGACAGUGAAACCUAGCUGGGGUCUCUCACCCACUGCUCGUCUGAUGGUGUACUAUGCACACCCGAAUGGAGAGGUCAUUGCUGAUGCAGUCCCACUGGAGGUCAAGCCGUGCAACUCAAAUGAGGUGCUCCUGAAUUUCGCUGAAAAGUCUGUUCAGCCUGGGAUGCCAGCAACACUGAGUCUUUCGGCUGCUCAAGGCUCUGUGUGUGGCACAUGGGCACUAGAUCAGGCCCUGCUGCAGAAAGCAGCAAAGGCUGAGUUCACGCCUGAGAAGUUGCAUGAUUUGCUGAGCCCUCUGGUAGCCAAGCCUCACCGUCCAACUAUUUUAAAAGGCCACUGUGUUCUGAGUGAAGAGAAUUGGCACUUUGCAGGACCCACAUUAUUCCUUGACUCUGCUGCUGCCUUUGCGGAGUCAUCGGUGCAAGUAAUCACCGACAUGAAGAUUAAUGUUCGUCCUUGUUGGGAAGAUGGGGGUGUGUGGACCCCAGAGCAUGGAGCACGAGUGGGCAUUGACGAUGGAGGUGACGGUGAGAUUGCAGACCUAGCUCCUGCAACCUCAAUUCCAAAGUCAGCGGUGGACGUACGUAGUCACUUUCCAGAAACAUGGCUGUGGGAGCUCCAUCACAUUGAAAGAGCUGCACCACUCAACCUAAGUCGAGAGAUUCCCCACUCGGUGACCAAAUGGAAAGCAGGUGCCCUCUGCCUGCACCCAAGUCGCGGUCUGGGAAUGGCUGCGGACACCGUUAGCGCAGUGCAGCCCUUCUUCAUCCAGCUGUCACUUCCUGCUGUUGCCAUUCGUGGAGAGACAAUUCCCAUCACUGCUUCACUGUUCAACUACCUCAGAUCAUGCAUCCCCGUCAAGUUUGGUUUGAUUGUGGAUGCCAGCUGCUUGAAAAUGAUUGGCAGCCCACAGAAGCGCUUUUGCUUGUGCAGCGAAGACACAGUUUCGUUAAGACUUUAUGCACGGUCCGACUGUUUGGGUCAGCUCAACAUCACUGCUCACGCUUUGGGCCUCUCCAAGAACGACUCCAUAUGUGAGCCUGGAAGCGUGACAGAAACUAGAACAGCUCGAGAUGCACUGCGUAAGAGCCUUCAUGUAAUGGUAAGAAGCAAGCCCUUGGAAAAACUUAUAACAAAAUUUCUUUCAGCUCCUACAAGCAGUAUAGAAAAUCAUAGGUUUAUCCUGAAGAUCCCUGGCAAUGCCAUUCAUGGUUCCUCAAAGGGUGUGUUCACAGUGUCAGGUGACAUUCUAAGCCCCGUUCUGGCAUCCGGUCUAGAGUCCAUCGUCAAACUGCCCACUGCCUGUGGAGAGCAGAACCUUGCCAUCUUAGCCACGAAUGUUGUGGUGCUUGAUUACCUGAUCUCCUCGGGGCAUUUCAGCCAUCCGUUAGAGGCCAAACUUCGGAGAAACAUUCUCACAGGCUAUGAACAGCAACUGAACUACAGGCAUCCACACAAUGGCUACAGUGCUUUUGGCGGUGCCGAUCCCGAGCCGAGCUUGUGGCUGACAGCAUUCGUUGUGCGCACCUAUGGAAAAGCCCGCCAGUACGUUUCCCUCGAUGAUACUGAGCUGAGUUUGAAUACGCAAUGGUUGCUUGGUCACCAGUAUGACACUGGCUGCUUCCCAUCUGUUGGUCGUGUCUUGAAUUCUCAACUCAAGGGUGGUAUUCAGGGGACGUCGCUUUCACCACUGACAGCCUAUGUGCUGAUUUCAUUGCUCGAAGCCAAUGCAACUAUACUGCCACAGGCACAAGACAAGGCUGUCCAGUGUCUUGUCGAAGAAAGCGCCCAAGAACAAGACAGCUACUCACUGGCACUUCAUGCAUAUGCCCUGACCCUUUUACGCCAUCGCAAUGCGCAGCAAACUUUUCACUUGCUGUGGAGUCGUGGUGAACUGGAAGCAGAUGGCACGUUGCACUGGAGUCGCAACGUAUCUUUAGCAGUGGCUGUAGAGACAAGUGGCUAUGCCAUCCUUGCCUGCUUGACGCUGCACAAGGAAACAGGUGUCUCUUUAGCCCUACCUGCAGUGCAGUGGCUACUCAAGCAGAGGAACCACAGAGGAGGAUUUAUAUCCACGCAGGAUACUGUUAUAGCAAUGCAAGCUUUGGCUAAAUAUGCAAAGAUGGUCGUACUACCAGAUACACGUCUGACACUGACAGUGUCAUCUCAACACAUGGAGCCCAGGGACCUUCAUGUGGAGCCAGCAAAUGCAAUGCUGCUUCAGGAAAUGCCCGUUCCCGUACUGCCUGCAACUCUUGAACUAAAUGUCACUGGAAAGGGCUGUGCAUUUGUGCAGGCCACUGCAAAGUACAACGUUCCUGCCGAAAAUACGAACAACUUUGAUCUCUUGGUGGAACCAUCUCACACGGCAUGCAAGCCAAAGUUAAAACUGUGUGCAAGUUAUCUCCUAUCCUGGGGCAUGUCUGGAAUGGUGAUAAUACAAGUCCACCUGCAGACUGGAUUUCGGUUUAGCAAGGUGAUAGAUGACCUGGAAGUAAAGAAGAUUGAGGAAGAAAUGAACAAAGUGAACCUCUACUUUGACGAGCUGAGCAACCGGAGGACAUGUGUGGCUUUGGUGUUGACCCAAGAGUAUGAAGUGAGGGAUGCUCUGCCUGCGGCUGUGAUUCUGCAAGACUACUAUGACCCUGAUAUGAUUGUGCUAAGGAACUACACGAUUCCCACUUGUGAAAGAGAUCAGCAAAACGUUGUCGACUCACAAAUGCCCUUAUCGGAUGUGGUGCAUGAGAGUGUUCCUUCAGAAGGAGCUCAUUUUAGCAACUUCCGAAACAUUGACCAGGAGCCCGACUUUCCAGAUGGCCCAGAAUCAAACUUGCCAGUGACAGUACCAGCUCCCGAGGAAUAAAAGGGAAGAAGGUCAACACAUGUGUGCCUGAAAUUCCUGCGUCCUAAGACCUUGCAACACGUUGCUCCCCAAGUCUCGCUGGAAAAAAGGUCACCGUUGCAAGAAAAAAAGAAUUCACGUCAACUCUUUCAUCAUGCCAGAUAA